GGUGUUAGCCGAAGUUCGCGUUAUCCAAAAUGAAAUCGAUCGUCCUAGUGCUUUUUCUGGUAAUUUCAAUCCUGGAACGUCUAUAUCCUGUUAACGGUGACAAUGGAGUUCAGGUAUUCCCAUCUAAAAUUAAACCACUGGAAAGCAAAUGCAACGGCUACUGCUUUUCGAUCCUUAAGCCCAUCCUUGAUAAUGCUGUAAAGCUGCAAGCGGAGAGUAUUUUUACUGAUGAAUUAAAGGAACAAGUGAUUUCAUUGAAAGGAACUAUUGAAAAUCUUCAUAAUGUAUUUGAAGCUCCAUGCAAUUCGACUGGUUGGAUGACCAUUCAAAGGCGUCAGGAUGGAUCCGUGGACUUCAAUCUAAGCUGGGUGAACUAUAAGAACGGGUUUGGAAACCUAACUGGAGAGCUGUUCAUCGGAUUGGAGAAGCUGCACCAGAUGACUAAGGAUAAGCCCCACGAACUGUACAUAAAGCUAGCGAAAUUUAAUGGAGAAUCUGCUUACGCUCACUAUGAUAACUUUCAAAUCGGAAGCGAGCAGGAACUCUAUGAGCUAAAAUCACUGGGAAAAUUUUCUGGGACAGCUUGGGAUUCUUUGAGAUACCACGAAGGAAUGAAGUUCUCCACGUUUGAUAGCGACAAUGACAAAUCCAGGUGUAAUUGCGCUAAAAGGCACACUGGUGGCUGGUGGUACAAUAAUUGUAGCUUUAGUAAGCUUAAUGGAAAAUACAUAAGAGGAUCAACCCGUACCAUUUGUUGGGAAGGCUUUGACGGAUAUAAUAAUCUUGCUUUUACUCAAAUGAUGAUUAGGCCAAAAUGAACUCUAUAAGUUUCUAAAAAAUUUAUAAAACUAUAUAUAAU